AUGGUGAAGUUUGGUGUGAACGGAUUUGGCCAUAUUGGGUACCUGGUUACCAGGGCUGCCUUCUGCGCUGCAUCUGGCAAACUGGAGAUUGUUGCCAUCAGUGACCCCUUCAUUGACCUCAACUACAUGGUCUACAUCUUCCAGUAUGACUCCAUCCAUGGCAAAUUCAACUGCAUGGUCAAGUCUGAGAAUGGGAUGCUUGUCAUCAAUGGGAAGCCCAUCACCACCUUCUAG